AUGUCGGGGAAAUGGGUGGGGAUGCUAAUUUUGAUUGCUAUGGUUGCUGGUGGUCGGGGGGCUACAAUGGCACAAGGAGCAACUCCGAGUCAAUGUAAGGAUGAAAAAAAUACUCUGGUUAAUAAUUGUAGGCCAGUUAUUUUUGGGAGAAAUCCAUCAGCUACAUGUUGUCAAAACGUAAGGGAUGCUCAUAUUGAAUGUGUUUGUCCUUAUCUUGGCCCUAAAGCAGCAGCAACAAUUAAAGGCAUUGGAGUAUCUCGUGUUGUGAAACUGAUUGAAGGGUGUGGUAGGCCGGUUCCUCGCAACUACAGAUGUGGAAGUAUUACCACUCCACCAUGA